CAACAGCUGGAAUUUCAUGCCUGAUGGCAGUGCCGAACAUCUGCCACAUUUGUUGACGUUUAACUUUUUUCCAAUAAAAUUCGUGAAUCUGUAGUUCUGUUAGAUAAUGGACCUGAUUCUUCUCGUGGGUGUCGCCGUGGCCCUGCUCUUCGUGAUCUUGACAAUAUUUUUCCUGCAGAAAAAGAAGGGCGACACAGAAACAAAGGAAGCCGCUGCGCCACCGCAACGUGGCGUCCCGCUGCGAGCCCAGGAGGGUGUGCCGCGUCGGGCCCAAAUUGCCCGCAAUCAGCGCAACCGACUGCGCCAAAAUGCUCCUGCUGGAGCUCCGCCUGCAGCGGCUGCCGCCCAGAUAGCCGACCCUGAGGGGGAAAAUGACGAUGAAAAUCCCGAUGGCGGUGGCCAGCGUGUUCUACAAGGUGCUGUGCUUGACGAGAAGAUAGGUGCGAAGAAGCGGGCCAAGAUGGAGGCCAAGGAACAGAAGCGUCUGCAUCGGGAGCAGGAGCUGGUCGAUAGAGAGCAGCGGAAGGUGAAGGAGGCCAAGGAAGAGGCUGAGCGCAAGCAGCAGGAGGAUAUCCAGGAAGAAGCAGAGCGCCGAAGAGCCGAGGCCGAACGUCUGGCAAGGGAGGAGCGCGAGCGCAAGGAGCACGAGGAGUAUCUGAAAAUGAAGGCCGCCUUUAGCGUCGAAGAAGAGGGCUUCGAGGAGGGGGACGCGGACGAUCAGGAUAAUCUUCUGGCCGACUUUAUACAGUACAUCAAGGACAACAAGGUUGUCCUGUUGGAGGACUUGGCCGUUGCCUUUAAGCUAAAGACCCAGCAGGCCAUAGAGCGCAUCCAGGACCUGCAGGCCAACGGCACCAUCACGGGUGUCAUCGACGACCGCGGCAAGUUCAUCUAUGUCUCAGAGGCGGAGCUGGCGGCCGUGGCAAAGUUCAUAAAGCAGCGUGGCCGCGUCUCCAUUGCGGAGCUGGCUGAGAGCAGCAACAACCUGAUAAACCUAACGCCCGUCUCAGCUGUUGCUGGCGAGGGCACCUCGUGAUAAAAUGUGUAAGCCAUUUAUAAAUUCAAUUUUUUAUUUAGAUGCACUGUUAAAAUAAUAACGAGAACAAAUGAA